AUGGAACUGAGCUUAAAAUCUCAAUCCAUCUCUCUAAUCACAUGCAAUCCAACGUUGUUGCCUCUCUCUCCUCGCAGCCUCCGAUCGCAGAAUAGUGAAUUUAUCAGCUUGGGUCACAAUCUCCUGCCGCCGGGGAGCCUUCGUUCCCGGAGAAAAUGUAGGAGUCAACGUUUUAAGUUUCAUACUCAUGUUCAUAAAUUUCGGUUCAGAGCGUCGCUCGAGGCUCAGCCGAUUCUCGUGGCCUCGGCUGUUGUCCUCUCCGUCUCUGCCAUCACUUUAGUUUAUCUCAGUUAUACUACAAAACAGAUACAUAUCAAACAGAUGACAAGGCAUCUGACUGUUGCAUUAUCCCAACAAAUAAGCAAUAGAAUGAAAUGGGCUGUUGGGCAUUGGGGAUUGCACAGUGACGAUGUAGACAAGGAGGCAACUGCUGAUGAGAGCAAAGAUUCAAUGAAAGAACUAAGAGAAAUCAGCCAUGAUUACAUGAAAACGGUGUCUGAGAUGCCAUCUGGUGAAACUUAUAAAUAUUCAGGAGGAACACUCAUCAUGGAUACAGUUGAUUCUCACUCUAACAUGGUUGCGUCAAGUGGCAGUGAAUUUUUGUCCUUCAAGAAAUUGGACGAUGCAGAUAUAUCUUCUGCACAUUCUGCAUUGUCUGAAUUGGAUUCACUACCUUUUGCUGCAGAAAUGUCUGAAGGGCAUUUGGAUUUACAUGGACAGAAAAAUGUAGUUGCUUCUGAAUUGUCAAUACCAAAUGUAGUUGUUGCUUCUGAAUUGUCAAUGCCAAAUGUAGUUGCUACUGAAUUGUCAAUGCCAAAUGUAGUUUCUGCUGAAUUGUCAAUGCCAAAUGUAGUUGCUGCUGAAUUGUCAAUGCCAGUGGUUAAAACAGAGCCCACUACUUCUGCUUCUACAGCAAAUAAUUUAACGGGAGAAGCAAAUCAACUUGAAAGACCAAAUUGUGAACUCUCAAAAGAGAGUGAAAGCCAUGAUCUUAUUCUUGGGGGCUCUGUACGUGAAGGGCUUCAUACAUUUUAUGAGGCAUCCCUGGGAAACUCAGAUGGCCUGGAAACAUUGUCUUCUCGUGGUGCCCUACAGAAGAACAGCUUUGCGUUGCAAACAAAGAGUUUCUCUGUAGAAGAUAAAUUUGUUAGGAAAGGACCUCUUAGAUGCUUUAAGGAAGGUUCUUUCAGUGAGCAGAAAGACUCCAGGGGAAGGAAAGAAUUAAAGACUGACAAGGAGACAAGAACUUCUCACCAAGAUAGCACCAAAUAUUUUUUGCCAUCCUCUGAUCUCAAGGGGAGCCAUGCUAACCAUAGGCACAAUUCUCUAUGGCAGUUGCGUGUUUAUCAACAACUUUUGAAGGAAAGCAGGUUAAGUGAUUGUAUUGAAAUGCUUGAAGAUAUGGAAAGAAAGAAUUUAUUGGAUAUGGAUAAAGUAUAUCACUCGAGAUUUUUCCAUGCCUGCAAAAGUAAAAAGGCUGUCAAGGAAGCUUUUCGUUUUACCAGGCUUAUCCCUAAUCCAACAUUGAGUACAUUCAACAUGCUUAUGUCUGUUUGUGCAAGUUCUCAAGAUUCAGAGGGAGCUUUUCAAGUUCUACAACAUGUCCAGGAAGCUGGAUUGAAAGCUGACUGCAAACUUUACACAACUCUGAUAUCAACGUGUGCUAAAAGUGGAAAAGUGGAUACAAUGUUUAAGGUUUUUCAUGAAAUGGUCAAUGCUGGAGUGGAACCAAAUGUUCAUACGUAUGGCGCCCUGAUUGAUGGCUGUGCUAAAGCUGGGCAAGUUGCUAAGGCAUUUGGUGCCUAUGGAAUACUGAGAUCAAAGAAUGUGAAGCCAGACCGAGUUGUAUUCAACGCGCUUAUCACUGCAUGUGGUCAAUCAGGAGCAGUGGACCGUGCAUUUGAUGUCUUAGCUGAAAUGGGGGCCGAGGCACAACCGAUAGAUCCCGAUCAUAUCACUAUUGGUGCUUUGAUGAAGGCUUGUGCAAGUGCUGGUAAGGUUGAUCGGGCGCGGGAGGUCUACAAUAUGAUUCACAAAUAUAACAUCAAGGGUACUGCAGAGCUUUACACCAUUGCAGUGAACAGUUGUAGUCAAAAUGGCGACUGGGAGUUUGCAUGCUGUGUCUACAAUGAUAUGAUACAAAAAGGUGUUGCGCCUGAUGAGAUGUUCAUCAGCGCAUUGAUAGAUGUCGCUGGACAUGCUGGAAGGGUGGAUGCUGCGGUUGAAGUUCUUCAAGCUGCUAGGACUAAAGGAAUGCACGUAGGAAUCAUAUCAUACAGCUCCUUGAUGGGAGCCUGUAGCAAGGCAAAAGACUGGCAAAAGGCACUGGAGUUUUAUGAGGAAAUUAAACAUUUGAACUUGAAACCAACAGUUCCAAUGAUGAAUGCCUUAAUAACUGCCUUAUGUGAUGCGGAUAAACUAGAGAAGGCCACUGAAGUUUUGUUUGAAAUGAAGAGCAUAGGUUUAGUCCCAAACACCAUCACAUACUCCAUCCUUUUAGUGGCAAGUGAAAAAGAGGAUGACAUAGAGGUUGGCCACAUGCUCCUUUCUGAAGCAAAAAAGGAUGGUGUUGCACCUAACCUCGUUAUGUGCAGGUGUCUUAUUGCUAUGUGCUUACGAAGAUACCAAAGAGCUUGUACAUCUGGCGAGCCUGUACUACCUUUCUCCCCACGACGGCUACAACUUGAUAAUACGUGGACAUCGUUGGCCUUGAUUAUAUAUAGGGAAACAAUUCUAUCUGGUGUGACACCUACAAUGGAUGAACUAACACAAGUUUUGGGAUGCCUACGACUUCCUCACGAUGAGUUCUUAAGAAAUAGACUCGUUGAGAAUUUUGAAUUUAGUACCGAUAAAUCGAAGGGCUCAAACCUCUAUUCACUGAUUGAUGGAUUUGGGGAAUAUGAUCCCCGUGCUAUUUCGUUACUAGAGGAGGCUGCUUCACUUGGAGUUAUACCUCUCGUAUCUUUUAAAGAAAGCCCAAUUGUUAUGGAUGUGAGGAAUUUCCAGAUACAUACAGCUGAGGUAUACCUUUUGACAGUUUUAAAGGGUCUCAAGCAUCGUCUGGCUGCUGGUGCGAAGUUGCCUAAUGUAAAUAUUUUACUUCCCGUAGAGAAGACACAGAUUGAAACUUCUACAGGGGAAAAAACCAUUAAUAUUGCUUCCAGGAUUAGCCAGGCAGUUGCAGCACUGUUGAGGAGGCUUGGACUAACAUACCAGGGAAAUGAAUCAUUUGGAAAAAUCCGAAUUAAUGGGGUUUCCAUAAAGAAGUGGUUCCAGCCGAAGCUGGAUUCUCCAUUCAGAGGGAUACCAACAGAUUUUAACUCGUCCCAGGCACAACUGGGAAGAGGAAUAAUCCAUCAACAGCGUAAAAUCAGGACCGGCAAUUUGUCAUUGGAGUAG